CCUGCUUGUUUAUUGCUUAGUGUUCUUUGGAAAAUAUUUUUUUCUGUUUCAUUAGUGAUUCGAACUUAUGUAGGGAUAUUACUUUAAAGCUAGUCUUAUAAACCAGCUAUUAUUGUAUGUGUAUGUAUGUAAUUAAGCACAACAUGUGCUACGCUGCCUACACUAAACUACUACAUGCAUCUUUUGUCAAACCAAGCAGACAAGGAAAUAUAUAAUAUUUAUUUGACAACCAUGUUAUAAUGACCUGGCGUAUAACGUGGGAGAUUAUUCUAAUAAUUUGGAUAUUAUUUUGAGUUGCAAAAUCUGAUAAUCCACAGGACUAUAAAGUAGAAGGCAUGCAUGUAUAAACAAUAACACUAGAAACACAAAACAUAAAAGUCUUAUAUAUACUUAGGAUCGAUAGCUAAUUACUAUAUAUGUCGAUAUCCCACGCCCAUCCUUUGCUUCUUCCUCUCCUUGUAUCACUAUUUUUCUUGCCUGCUGUUUUGGGCGGAAAUAACUUCAGAACGUGCAAUGGAAGUUAUGAAAACUAUCGCGUUAAUGUCGAGACAGUGAAGAUCUCUCCAUACCCGGUUACCCGUAGCGGUAAUGCAGACAUUACAAUAACCGGUUAUACAGCCAGAAUCUCUGAUGGUUCAGUUGUAGAACUCACCAUUGCGAAAGCCUCCGCCGGCGACCCUAAAACUUCCAGUAUUAAAACCUACAACUUGUGUGAUAAAGUGAGGUGCCCCAUCAGACCUGGCCGCUUUUCGUUUACUUUAUCUAAAAUAUUCAGUAACGAGGAGCUAAAAGGAAGGAUAUAUGUUAUUACAGUACGCAUCAAGGAUGCGAAAGACACAAGUAUGUGCGUUGUGUUCCUUUGUUGGGUUACCGAUGAUGGUAGUACGUCUCUUAUUAGGCAAUCUGCUACGAUGAUGGAGCUUGAAUAAGCCAUUGAACCAAACAGGAUGAUUUCUAAUCGUACCGAAAUUCCAAACCGAAAAUUUAUGCAGUAGACGACUAAUAUUUGUUUCUUUUAAUUACGUACUUGUUUUGCAAAUAAGAGGAGAAGAAGUAAUCUUCCUCCAGUUUUUAUGUUCAUGUUGCUUGUAGGAGUUGAACUCCAACUUUGUUUCUUGUUAUUUUCUAUUUCAAUCAAUGAAAAAUAAAUAAAAAUAGGUAGUCUUAACUACCAACGGAAA